CCCCAGCUCGGCCAUCUGCCCCGGCCCAGGGCGCUGGGGCUCGCCCACGGCGGCACUGGGCAUGCUCAGAGGCGGCCGCACGGGCAGCUUCGCUUCGCAGGCGCUAGCACUCGGCGGCGGGCGGGCGCGCGGCUGCAGCUGGAGCUCCAGCGCCCGGAGUUGGAGUUGCCGGGAGUUUCCCCCUCUCCCCCUUGCGCGCGGCAGCUGGAGCCGGCGCUGCAGCCGCGAGCGGCGGCUACCCAGCGCCCGGGCCGGCCGAGCCUUGUCCGGAGCCCGGAGCCCCGCGCGGGGCAGCUCCUGGGGAGGAGCCUUGCGGGCUGGGACGCGUGCAGCGCACUGGCACUGCCGGGGCACGAACCGGGCUGCAAGAAAACUCACUGCGUGCCCUGCUUGCUUGGUCAACAAUGAGUGCCAAGUCUGCCAUCAGCAAGGAAAUUUUUGCACCUCUUGAUGAAAGGAUGCUGGGAGCUGUCCAAGUCAAGAGGAGGACAAAGAAAAAGAUCCCUUUCUUGGCAACUGGAGGUCAAGGCGAAUAUUUAACUUACAUCUGCCUGUCAGUGACAAACAAGAAACCCACACAGGCAUCCAUUACGAAGGUCAAACAGUUUGAAGGCUCCACGUCGUUCGUGCGGAGAUCACAGUGGAUGCUUGAGCAGCUUCGCCAGGUUAAUGGCAUCGAUCCUAAUCGGGAUUCUGCGGAGUUUGAUUUGUUGUUUGAAAAUGCUUUUGACCAGUGGGUAGCCAGCACGGCCUCAGAAAAAUGCACCUUCUUCCAGAUCCUCCACCACACCUGCCAGCGCUACCUCACGGACAGGAAGCCAGAGUUUAUUAACUGCCAGUCCAAAAUCAUGGGAGGAAACAGCAUCCUCCAUUCAGCGGCCGACAGCGUGACCAGUGCAGUGCAGAAAGCCAGCCAGGCCUUGAACGAGCGCGGGGAGCGCUUAGGCCGCGCAGAGGAGAAGACGGAAGACAUGAAGAACAGCGCCCAGCAGUUUGCAGAAACUGCACACAAGCUUGCCAUGAAGCACAAAUGUUGAGAAACUGCCUCUCCUGGUGACCUCUUAAGAGAAAAUGAAGUUUGUUCAGCAGUUUUUACAAGAAUUCUGGACCUCCGCUUGCUUCUUUUUUCCCCAAAAUGUGGACAUUUAGGUUAUUUUUCCUUUUCAGAUGUUAAUAUGAGAGAAAAGGUGUUGUGUUUAUACAUUUCCCUAAUAAUCCUGCUAAGAAAUGCUGCAAGCAUCAGCUUUAUUUUUUUCCCACUGUGUGUGUGCGUGUGUCUGUAUGUGUUUUCUCUUUAAGGCUUUCUUUUUUUUUUUUGGUAGUUUGAAUAUGAAAUUCGGACCAAAUGAUAUAUUGAGCUAGGUCUAAACUGUAUUUUUUUCCUGAUAUUAAGCAGGGAGACAUUUUAAUGUGGUGACGUCAGAUGUUAUUGUUCCUGGUUGGAAAUAAAAGUCAAGCAGUGAUUGGCUUCACUCAGUCUCUUAGGUACUCUUAAUUUGAAGGUUAAGAUUCUAAAUCCUGAGACACAAAUCUGUAUUAGAAAAAACAAUUGGAUUUAUCAGGGGAAACAUCAGUCUUAGAUUUUGCUUUUUGUGUAGUAACUUUUUGCAUGAGCCAUCACCAGCAUUCACGAAAACAAAUCAGAAUCACAGAUAGAAAUCUACUUUCUGAGCUACAGUUUAAAUUCUUCCAUUACUUGUUUCCAGGCUGAUUAUUUAGAAUUACCGUAUAAAGGAUAAAAUUUUGAGAUUAAAGACCUAAGGAAAAGCCCAUUUAAAAACCUCUGUGCAUUCAUGAAUGUUUCUUUGUCACUGUCCCAAAUUACGGUAGCUGGUCUUGAAAAGAGCUUGGAUUUUGAUCAAGAAUUGAUUUGUCCAGAUAAAGGUCUGUGUAAAGGAUAAUGUGAGAAGAUACUACAUUUAAAAUCUUUUUUCUCUUUUUACAAAGCCAUGCCUGUUUAGAGACGCCUUCAUGAUGUCCUUGGGAAAUGGCCUUCGGUUCUUGAUACCUGAUUUUUGGAGGUUUUGAUGUUGUUAUGGCUAUUAAUCUAAUUUAAAGUGUGGGUUUCUUGACAAAUUGCAUUUCAUGGCAACUGCAACUUGCCUGGUCUGACAUAAAACAGCACAGUCAUGAAGCCUUUACACUGCAGUCAGACUGAAUGAGGUUGGUUCAUACAGCUCCUGAUUUUGUAUCACUCAACACAGGCCUGGAUUUUCAGUCUGGGAGUUUAGUUUCUUAGAAGGUUAAAAUGCUAAAUAUAAAAGCUGUGCUUUGUCUUCCUGAAACAAGGAGGCAAGCUGUACAUCCCAGAUACAUGCUCAGCCACCCGCUGCGAUGCAUUGAUUUUUUUUAAGCUGCCUGGAUCUUCAGGACCCCUUUCUAUUCCUUCCUAUCAAUGAGGCCACGUGUACUGCAGGCUCUUACAUGGCAGCCUGUGAUGACUUCGGGAUUAUUUAUGCUGAUGUAAAUAGCUUAAGUUCUCCUGAUAAAAGCAUUCCCAGGGAGAUAGAAAAUUGGGCUGUUGUGGGGAAAAAUGAUCUUAGUCACUAUGUGUCAAAAGGGAGAUGGGAUUUGCCAGAGACAAAUUUCUGAAUCCUCUUAGGGAGACGAUCCAGUUCAAGAAAACUCUCUGUAAAAUUUAUCGGGUAAACUAUAUAAAUGUACUAUAAUAUUUGGUACUUUUCUUUUGGUGUCUUAAAAGUUUAAAGAAGCAAGGAACUUGCUAUCUGGUGAGUACCAUUAGAAGCAUUUACAAUUUCUAAGAAAAGCUGAAAAUAUCACGCCAGCUAGGUUUUCUUUGCAGGCCUCAGUAUAGAAAAUGCACGUGCGCACGCGCACUCACACAGAUAUAUUCAUCUUCCCAAAUUGAAUUCUAGCUUCAGAUAGAUAGUUGGUAUAAAUAAUUGAAAUGGUAAGUCUAAAACGCCCUGACAAUCAGCCAAACUCAAUUUGUCGCCAAGUAUCUAACAUCAGCGUUUGUGAAGCUGCUUCUAAAGUAGCAGAGGGCGAGGUCAUAAGCAUACUGUGAAAUUUGAGAUUUUUUCCUCCCCGGUAGACUUGUGAUAGUUACUCUUCAUAAAUAUAAGUACUCCACAUCUUGCCCUCUUUCCUCACUCGCUGCUUAUCCUUUUAGACUUAAGUCUUCUUGGAAAUAUCCAGGAUUUGAAGAAAGCCUGUCUGCAUUGUUUUUACCUUCCUCUAUUGAUUUGCUUCCAGACUGUGGUCAUGUCCUUGACCUCCCUGUGUCCAAGUCCUACUACCUAGGCCUCUGCCCACAGAAGAGGCCAAACAGCAACCCCAGUCCCUCCCGGACCUCCUGACUUCUUGCACAGGAGCGAGCCCUGUGAUGACGUACAUGAGGUUCUUUGCUAUCCUUUUGUAGAAGGUGCUUCAAUACAAAAUAUUAAUACAGUCUAACCUAGAGAAAAUUGCUAAAAUGACUCACAUUAUUUGGGACCAAUUCAGUGGCUUGCUAAAAUACAUUUAAUUUCUUUGUUUCAUUUCUGCACCUCACUAUUGAGUUUUGGAAAUACUACAUUUCAGUGAAGGAUUUCUUAAAUUGUAUUGACAACUCGUAAAGAAAAGAGACUUCCCAGCGUUCUCACUUCUUCCUGGAACGUAGCUGUAGUAUUCUUCCCUAGUACUAUUAGGUACCUGUGUACAGGAAGUAGACAGUGAUUCAGGUUAAUGUUUCAUAUUGAAGGUAUUUGUAAAAUGUAACAAGAUCAGUAGUUAACCUUUUUAAGCUCUGAAAAAAUAAAGAUUAUGUGUUAGACUUAAAAUUACAGUGAAAUCUGUCUUAAUACUACUUUUGUGGCUAACAAAGGUUAUGCAUUUAUGUAAAAAUAUUUACAGAAUGCCCUCAAUAGAGGAUAUUAAAGAUAGGUUUUGCUUUUAAAUUUUAGCAUUGUGACACUGCUGAUGUCUGUUGUACAGUUAUUAAUUCUUCAGAAGUUCCCUGAGAUGUCAAAUAUCAUUUUUGUUCCUUUCAGAGACAAGUAACACCUGCUCUGUGAUUCACUAAUACAGCAAACUCUAAUUUUGUCAUUAAAUAUUUGAACUCUGUGAUGAAA